AUGUCGAAAUCACCAAAAGUGAAACUCAGCGGUCUGAGAGAGAAACCUCCUCGGCUUCGGUUGAGGGCUGCUUCUUUUGCAUCGACGUCAAGUUCAAUGGAUGAUGGUUGUGAUCCACGUCGUUCUAUGACUCCAAAAAAUCGGCUGGUGUUUGAUGAAAGCUCGUUCAAGACGCCAGUAAUGUCGCCGACGUUGUUUGAGGAGAAAAAACAUUCGCCUCGUUCGGAAAACAUUCGAGCAAGAAUCAUGAGCACCUUCAGACAGAAGACGAAUGAUAGAAGACGCAAAUCACUACGCGGCUCCGCUACAAUUCUCAACUUCCAUUUUCAUGACUUGCAAAUCACUCCAAAGACUCCAACGAGCCGAUGCAGACUUGCCAAGAAAGGCUUUAAA